AUGGGUACAGAAAGAUCGGAGAUUGAUGCACACAUUGCCCUGACCUGCUGCACAAAUGACUGGCACGAGAAAACGGAAGAUCAGGGAAGCUGUGAUUAUCCUGUCUCCAGGAUACCUGAUGAAGAGGAAAUUGGAAGAGCGAGAGUCGGAAAGAACUUCGCGCACUGCUUGGACGAACUUGGAGAUUCAGCGAAAACAGCUAAAAGAAGACUCUUGCUCCAAAGACAACUAUUCAACAACAGGAUAAGAUAUCGCCAAGAAGAGACACAUAAGGGAGAUGGGAAAGUCGAGAAAAGGCGAUUUCAGUGA